AUGCUGCGCCGUUGUUUUCUCCCGGGGCUGCAUGCAGGGGCCGUGACGAUGGCAGCACGAGCAGGUCACCAGAGAUGUGCGCUUCUACGCCACCCGACAGCAAUUUCUCUCAGCUGCGACACGCACUUUAUGUACACUGCACGGCGCUUUGUUGGUGAAAAACGGCCAAAGUCAUCUCCAUCGAACACCAAAAAUGCGGCCAGACGAACCGUCAAAAACCCGCCUGCUGGUGAAACCGUCGCUGAUGCCUCCGUGGACCCACUGACCAAACACACUCUCCAUCCACCGCAGCCAACUCUGCACACCGUCGCUCCACCGUCUUCGCAACCGAAGCAGAAGAGGCUUGCAGGAAAAAAAGAGGAAACGGUGAACUCAGCGGCGUUACAUCGGGCGCCAAAGCAGGAGCUUGAAAGUUUACCUCCAUUGAGCAACGCCACGAACCAGCUCUUGCACUCGACGCUGGUGUACAAUGCACUCACUGGCCGUAUGACUUCCGAGACAUCCCCGUCGAUGACCUGCCUAAAGAGUAUAGGCUUUGGCAUCAAUGAUAAAAGUCAGGUGUAUUUGGAGAAACCGGACGUACUUCGAGAACUCGCGCAGAAAAUGCGAAACGGGACGGCGACGCUCCCAUCGCAUUGGCCUGUUUCCAUCAUUCGUGCAAUCGGUGUUAUUCUCCGAAACCGCGCCAUUAUGGACCCCGCAGAGGCUAUUCAGCAGAUGAUCCAAGUGAAGAUCAAUAAUUUGGCGCAUAACCGUUAUGCUUCUAUUAUUAACGCCGUGGGCACAGGCGUCAUCGAUGAUGCCUUGGACCAGUCUUUGGAUGACCUGCAGGCGGUGGAACUCAACGACGAGCAGAAAAAAGUGAUUGAACUUGCUCUUAAAGGACAUCUGCUGUAUAUUGGUGGAAGCGCAGGCACAGGAAAAACGGUUUUGCUGCGUGCUCUGAAUCAUAGACUGCAAGCGGAGCGCCUACGUGUCGCAAUGACAGCCACGACCGGGGUUGCCGGAUGCCAUAUUGGCGGCUCCACAUUUCACCAUGCGUUGGGUGUCUCCUCGCAGGGAGAGUUCCUCCGCAAAAUUCAUCUGCUAGACUAUGAUGUUAUUGUGGUCGACGAAGUAUCUAUGCUUUCGAAACGAAUGUUUGAAGAGUUUGACCGGGUAUUGCGAGAGGAGGCAGGGACCCCAGACCUCCCCUUCGGAGGUGUACAAAUAAUUCUCUGUGGGGACUUCUUGCAGCUUGGUGUGAUCAAUGAAUCUUCGAUUAUCACAUCAAAGUUGUUUCAAGAUAUGUUUGUAAAGUUGCGUCUUGAAACACAGGUAAGACAUGUACCCGAAAGUAAAUUUGCAGAGGCCCUACAAGAUAUGCGUCUGGGUGUUGUUUCAGAGAGCCUCCUGCAGUCGGUGCAACAGCUCCCCCCUGGAACGAUGGUGCAGUCGGCGGUGAACCUGCUUCCCACAAACAAGGAGGUUCACGCAGCGAAUGAACGAGAAUUGCAACGGCUCCCCGGUGACGCCGUCAUGUUGGUGCCGGAGACUGGCAUUACAGCUCUCAGGUGUGGUGCUACUGCCACACUCCUCCUUCGAACGAAACCUGACUUCAAUGAGGAAGAGUUUUCAAAGCAUGUGCGUUCACUUCUGCGGGCAACGCUGGAUCUGCCCAAGGCCUCGCUGCUGUGCCUUUACCGCGUCUAUGAGGAUGGACAUGCAAUGCGUGUUUGCCUCCCACAGGGCGAGAGCGCCGCGUGGCAUGAUGCAAUGCGUGAACGAUUCUUGGAGGUUGCGGGUCUCAUCAACGACUUGGAACUUGGCGCAACAGUAACGGAGAUUCUUCCAAAUGGUGAUGGCAUGCACACUCCUGAGAUAGAGGAAUACCUUCAAAAGUUGAUGCAGAAACAUCCGAUUGCACAACCGAUAACCUUCAAGAAGGGCUGUCGUGUUCUUUUGCGUGCAAAUCUUUCUUCACGCUUGGUGAAUGGAAGUAUUGGCACUGUGGUGGACUUUGUGGAAUGUUCUCAUGAGAAUAUUCCCGCCUUUCUUCGCGGAGAUCGCGUUGACAACUGUGUGGAGCGGUACCGAAUCUUUUGCAUGACGGAAUGUGGGAUGCAGGUACCGUUGCUGCCUGUCGUGAGGUUUCAUAGCGGCGAUACCAUUGUUGUUCCACCCUGGGAAUUCAAUGUUGGUGGUGGGCCAUUGACAUAUUACUACAGCCUGAGUAGUGUGGCGUUGCCGCUGAGCCUGGCCUACGCAUUUACCGUGCACAAGGUGCAAGGGUUGACUUUGGUGGGGCGUGUGCAUCUUGAACUCUCUCGUAUGUGGCCAUGUGAGCAUCUGUUGUAUGUGGCCAUGAGCCGUGUGAGGAACCCGGAGCAGCUGAGUAUGUCAUCCUUUCAAUCCAGCAUGGUAGUCGCCAAUAAGGAGUGUGUGGAGUUUGAUCGCAGACUGCCUGUUGUGCAUGAGUUGUCGUCUACUGAAAAAUUUCCCGUUUCUUCGUGGAAACGGUGCAGCGACACCAUUUACCACCUUCGCUGCCGAGGCGCUUCCCUGAGUCAUCUGCUCAGCGGCGCUGCGUUGAAAGAGGGGUUUGGUAACAAUGGGGGAGUUGGUGGAGAGGCAAAUUUUACGAAACCCAUGAAGGGCACACUGGAACACUCCGUGAUUGUGGCGCGUCGGUUGCGGAAGCUUAUCAAAUGCACGGAGCGCGCAGCGAGGGUGCAGGAGAACCGUCGAAAGUCUUCCACCGCCCCGGCUGCGGACGACACAAACGACAGUGACGACACCACGGAGGUGGAGCACAUUUUAUAG